AGGAGACCGGUGGGACGCCGGCCGCUGGGCCGGGUGUUGGGGGGCGCGACCGGCACCAUGCCGGCCAAGCGCGGCCCGCGGGCAGCAGCCCCCAUGGCGGCGGAGGACGGGCUCCUGCUGCUGCAGAGCCAAGCGCUGGCCCAGGAGGAGGCGGCCAAGAUGAAGGGGGAGAUGGUCACCCGGUUCCUGAAGGACAAGCUGGCCAAGGAGGAGCACAGCAGUGCCCUGAACCUCCACAAGCUCCACACGCAGUGGCGGGCGGUGCUGCGGGAGACCAAGGACAAGGAGCUGCGCCAGGACAUCGAGAUCCUCAGCCAGACCUUUGCGCGGGUGAUGGACUGCAAGGACAGCGUCAUCGAGUCCCUGGUCACAGACCUGGAGGAGGCAGAGGAGCAGCGCGCACGGGCUCUGCGCAGCCACCUGCACAACGUUGACCGCCUAUUGCAGCUCCAGCGCUGCCGCCUGGUGUGCCUGGAGGAGGGGUACAGUGCCCAGCUGGAGGCCCUGGAGAUGGAGUUUGAGACAGAGAGGAGGACCAUCCUUGAGCAGCAUGAGCGAGAGAGCUGCUACCUGCGGGACGUGGCGCUGGCCGCAGAGCAAAAUUAUGCCAAGAAUGACCACGAGGCCACGCUGACUUUCCAGAGUGCCCGAGAUGACAUCAAAAACAAGAGCCUGCAGGAGAAGCAGUACAGCCGCAUGCAGCUGGGCGGGAAGGCGGAGGUGCUCUGGGAGCAGUUCCAACAGGCAAUGCAGAGCUACGCAGAGGCCACCGAGCACCAGAAGGUCGCUUUUGAGGUGCUGAAACAGAAGGAUGAGAAGAACUCCAAGGAGAUAGAGACACAGGCGACAAAGCUGCAGAAGCUGCAGGACUUGGUCACAGCUGCCAAGGGCCAGCUCGCAGCUCACCUCCGAGAGAGUGAAGAGCAGAACCAGCGUGCGCGGGAGGAGAAGGAAAGGGUCCUCAGGCAGCUCCAGGAGCUCAAGAGCGAGAUGAACCAGGCCAGGGCUAAGGCCCAUGGCAGCCUGGCCAGGCUUACCAUGCAGAGCAGCGCUGCCCUGACGGCACUGGUGCGGGUGGUGGAGAAGGCCCAGCGCAUUCUGCGGUUGGCCGAGAUGUGCCGCCGGCUGGAGACGGAGGAGGAGAAGGUGCUGCCUUUCUACCCUUCCUCGCUGGCCGAGGGGGAGCAGCAAGAUGCCCAGCGAGUCCUCGAGGAGACACCCAUGGAGCCCCUGGCCCAGGCCAUGCGGGACUACGUGGGGCUGGAGCGCUUCUGGCAGCGGUUCAACAAGGCGAAGCUGGAGGAGCAGGCGCUGCUGCGGGAGCGGGCAGCCCUGAGCCAGAGGAACCAGCGCCUGCGGGAGCUGCUCAGGCAGUACCUGGUGGGGAUCGCCAUCACCCAGGAGGUGCUCAGCGAGCUCAACCCUCUCCUCGCUGUCGAGCACAAGAGCUGCGUCACCAGGGACUUGCCCCGUGCCAGGGGUGGCUGUGCACAAGGUCAUCAGGGUGCUGCAUACCCCAACAGCCUCUUGGGAGGGGUCACCCACCCAGAUCCCAUCACCAGCUCCGCCAGCAGUGGCUGAGUGUCACCCUGUGGAUUGGGGCACCCAGCCUUGGGGCACUCACAGAGACUGCAGAGACCGCGACUGCCUGGAGGUACCAUAAAAGAGCUAAACU